UAAUCGCUGAGUUUGUUAGCGCAAUUUGCUGGUUGCCACUUCCGGUGUUGUCGUCUUUGAUUUUUGCUCGGGUCCUCAGGCUCUUUGAUAACACAAUUUAAAGUUUAAUCAUCUCAAACUUAGGUGUUUCCUUACCCCAUUCUUCAAUUAGCAGAUAUUUGUUUUCAAGUGCGAGUUGAGUUUUCAUUUUGUCUGGUAUUAUAUUGUUUGGUUUUUUUAUGACAACUUUUGCUUAUCAGAGAGAACUAGUUUCUUAUUCCGUUUCCUUUUAAAGUUUGUCGCUUUUUAGAUCAUAACAGAAAUUUGUUGUACGUGGUGAUUUUUGAAGUCUUCUCUGCUCUCUCUUUCUUUUUUUUUUUUGACUCUUAGCUUUUGUUUGUUGACGAUUGCUUGUUUGUUGACUAAGAAUUUCGUUUUCUAUUUAACCUCAUGCCUGCUACUGCAUCCUCCAACAGCACUCUUUUAAACCAGCUGCACCCUGAUUGGGUGGAUAUGGAUAUUGAGAAUUUGGGGAAAUCGUUUUAUAAUAGUGAAUACCUUCCUUUAAGUAAUACUAUUAAAUCCUUGAAAGCAAAAACUUUACAAGAAGCGUUACUCAACCAACAAGAGGAUAUUUUAAUUGAGUAUCUGCAGUCUACAGAAGGCUUGAUAAAUAAUCGUAUAAGAUCAAAAGUUUGGCCAAUUCUUUUGGGUUUAAAGCAGAAUCAAGAUGAUUCGGUUGAUUUGGAUUCUAAUGUUGCUGAAGAUUAUAUCGCUUCUUUUCUACUUGAAGACUUGGACUUCAAUGAUUUGCCUCCUCAUCGGGAUGAAGAUCAAAUAAAAUUAGAUAUUCAAAGAUCAUUCACUAUAUUAUCUCACGCCCAAUCAUUUCUGCAACAAUCCCAAGCUGAAUCCUAUACAACUAUGUAUUCCAAUUCUGAUAUUGAAGAGUUAAGAAAAAAAUUGAUGAGUCUAAUAAUCAAAGUAUUAAGGAAGUACCCUUCUUUACAUUAUUAUCAAGGAUAUCAUGAUAUUGCUAGUAUUAUAUUGUUGGUUUGUUAUGAUAAUGGCCAACAGUCGCAACCUAAAGUAAAUGAAGAAUUGGCUUUUCUUCUUCUAGAAAAACUAAGUGUUUUCCAUUUGAGGGAUUUCAUGAUUACAGACAUUAAUCUUUCUGUUGAUCAUUUGAAAUUGAUUCCAACUUUAUUAGAAUGUAUUGACUCAAAACUUUUCGGAUUAUUAAUGCAAGCAAGUAAUAUAUACAUUGCUACAGAUGGACUUUAUUAUGAUUAUACUUUUUAUCAAGCCCUAUCAUCUAUCUUAACUUUUUUCAGUCAUGAUAUCAACAAUUUACAUCAUCUACUUGUAAUUUGGGAUUUUUCACUUGCACAGAACUCGGUUCUUGCAAAUAUAUAUAUUUAUGUUUCUUUCUUGUUACACUAUAAAGAAAAGAUUUUUGAGGAAUUAAAUAUAUCCCAUAUCCUUGCUUCAGAUGAAGAUUGCUUUGAUUUCUCGAAUGUUGAUGCUGACUUGUUGCAUACUUUAAUAUCACCAGCAAGUUUAUUCAGCGACUUAACUGAUGCUGAUUUAAUUAAGAUUUUGAACAAGACCAAAGAAUUAAUCAAAGACUAUCCUAUUAAUGAGUUGGAAAAUACUUCUCGUACUUUUAAGUUAUGGUUUAAUGAUCUUAAUAAACACUCCGUUCUUUUGAAUACGUCCGAUAUCAAUACUGAUAGAAUUGCAAAAAAUGAGAAAUAUGAUUCUUUAUUAAAAAAUGCUACCCACCAGGAAUUCCCAGAAGAUCUUUCUGCCUUGAUCAAGAGCCAGGAUGAAGAAAUGGUUCUGCAAACAAAGUAUGAUGCUAGUGUGCAACAAAGGAUCUUUGAACAACAGGAAUCACUUGCCACUUCAAUGAGCUCAGUGUGUGAUGAUGAUUUGAAUAGUUCUUACCCACUGUUGUCUUCCUCGUUAUCAAGCCUUUCUUCCGCUUCUUCGUCUAUCAAUACAAAAAUUGUCACAACUUCUUCCCUUUUGUUCAAAAAAUUAUUCAGUGUGCCCUCACAUGAAAGUGAUGAAAACAAAUCUCAUGAUGUUACGAAGCGGAAUAGAAACCUCUCCUUAUUCAGCAAUAUUACUAAAAUUAGCUUUACAAUUGGUCUUAUAGGAUUCUUAUUACAUUUCUUGUUAGUCAGAAACCAUCCAAGAGUUCUUAGGUUAAUUCCGCUCAAUGAAAUUACUAAUGAACUUUCAUCUAAAAGUAUGAACAUGGCAGCUGGUGUUGGUAACAACUUGGGGAAACUUUUCAAUUAUAUCGCCACUUACGGCGUGGUAAAUCGUGGUCUCCACAUGGGACAACUCGGACUAGGUAAUAUACGAGAGGGUGUGUAUGGUCCACCUUAAUGUGAACAAUUUUUGAUGAACUCCUUUGAUUUUUCAUGAUUCAAUUCUUCUGUAUUAUCUAUUUAUCUCCUCUGGUGAGGUCUUAUUUUAGUUCUUGAAUUUUUAAUUUUUCGUUUUUUUAUUCAAUUCAUUAUUACAUAAAAGUGAUCUUCGAAUUGAUUUGUGUAUAGGC